AUGGAAGGUCCUACGCUUGGGUUCAAGGCAUUCCCUUGGCCAGUACAGAACGGAGGCGUAUGGCAGGCUUGGCAGCAGCCCGCUCUCCCCAAAACGUGGACUUCUAGUGCUGGGACAGCGAGGAGUCAGCAGGCCCUGAACAAAGGCUGGUGCUCGACAUGGGGUGGCGGACACUUCUCCACCUUCGACAAACACCUCUACGAGUUUUCUGGGACGUGCAACUACAUCUUAGCCGCCGUCUGCAAUGGCGCCUCCCCCGACUUUGACAUCCAGCUGCGAAGGGGUCCAGACAAGAAAAUGGCCAGGAUCAUCAUUGAGGUGGGGCCCUCCGUCAUCACUGUGGAGAACUCGAUCAUCUCCACUAAGGAUGCUGGGGUGGUCAGCCUUCCCUACACCAGCAAUGGGAUCCAGAUUAUGCCUUUUGGGCAGAAUGUGCGGCUGGUGGCAAAGCUCCUAGAGAUGGAGCUGGUGGUGAUGUGGAAUAAUGACGAUUAUCUCAUGGUCAUGGUUGAGGCCAAGUACAUGAAAAAGACCUGCGGAUUGUGUGGGAAUUUUGACGGUGAAGAAAGCAAUGAAUUUCAAAGCAAAGGUGGCAAAUUUCUGGAACCGUAUGAAUAUGUAGCCCUGCAGAAACUAGAUGACCCCACAGAGAUCUGUACCUAUGAGGAGCUGCCCAUGGCCAACAGGAUGCCCAGGAAUCACACCCAGCUCUGUCUCCAGCUGCUGAGCCAGGUGGGCCCCAACUGCAACGUGUCCAAGGAAGCCUUUGCUAUCCGCUGCCAGCUGGACCUGGAGGCCUGUCAGGAGCCGGCCCAGCCCAACUGCAGCUGCCCUACGCUGUCCGAGUACUCUCGGCAAUGCUCCAUGAGUGGCCAGCCGGUCACCGAGUGGAGGAGGCCAAACUUCUGCCCGCUAGGGGAGUGUCCUGGCAACCAGGUCUACAAGGAGUGUGGGAUGCCCUGCAUAAAGACAUGCUCCAACCCAGCAUAUAGCUGCCCCAGCCUCUGCACCUUUGGCUGCUUCUGUCCCGAAGGCAUGGUGCUCGAUGACAUCUCCAAGAACCAAAGCUGUGUCCCCAUUGAGCGGUGUCCUUGCACAUUUAACAGAGCCAUCUAUGCCCCUGGAGAAGUCAUGAAAGCCUCCUGCAGGACCUGUCAGUGCACCUCGGGCCAGUGGGUCUGCACAGAGCUGCCAUGUCCAGGCCGAUGCUCCCUGGAGGGAGGGUCCUUCAUCACCACUUUUGACUCCCGGCCAUAUCGCUUCCACGGGACCUGCACCUACAUCCUAGUCAAGAGCACAAGCCUGCCCAACAAUGGCACCCUCAUGGCUGUGUACGACAAAUCCGGCUACUCUCACUCAGAAACUUCACUCACGGCUGUUAUCUACUCCACUGCCAAGGACAAAAUCAUGAUUUCUCAAGACGAGCUUCUCACAGAUGAUGGGGACAUCAAGUGGCUGCCCUACCAAAGAGGUAACAUCACAAUCUUCAGGCAGACCUCCACCCACCUCCAGAUGUCCACCACCUUUGGGCUAGAGCUGGUGGUACAGCUGCGGCCCGUGUUUCAGGUUUAUGUGAAAGUCGGCCUCCAGUUUAAGGGCAACACCCGAGGACUUUGUGGAAACUACAAUGGAGAUACAACAGAUGACUUCCUGAGCAGCAUGAAUAUCAUUGAGGGCACAGCCUCCCUCUUUGUGGACUCUUGGAGGUCGGGAAACUGCCCCAGUGCCUUGGAGCGGGAGACGGACCCCUGCUCCAUGAGCCAGCUGAACAAGAUGUGUGCAGAGACCCACUGCUCCAUGCUGGUGAAGAAAGGGACAGUGUUUGAGGCUUGUCAUGCAGUGGUCAACCCAACCCCCUUUUACAAGAGAUGCGUCUACCAGGCCUGCAACUACGAGGAGACCUUCGCCUACAUCUGCUCAGCCCUGGGCUCCUAUGCCCGCUUGUGUGCCUCCAUGGGGCUCAUCCUGACCGACUGGAGAAGCACUGUGGACAACUGCACCAUCUCCUGCACUGGGAACCAGACCUUCAGUUAUGAUAGCCAGGCCUGUGACCGCACCUGCCUGUCCCUUGCUGACCGCACCCUCGAAUGCCACCCCAGUGACAUCCCAGUGGAUGGCUGUAACUGCCCAGAAGGCACCUACCUGGACCACAGAAGUGAAUGUGUCCGCCAGUCCCAAUGCCCCUGUUUCCUGGAAGACCGGAAAUUCAUUCUGGCUGACCAGUCCACCAUCAUCAGCGGAAUUCCCUGCUACUGCAUUAAUGGAAGGCUCAGCUGUACAGGCAAACCUCCAGAUCUCUCAGAGUCUUGUAAGGCCCCCAAGAAGUACCUGUCCUGUUCUCAGGCUUCAGACAGUAAAUAUGGAGCUGCUUGUGCUCCCACCUGCCAGAUGUUAGCCACUGGAAUUGAUUGUGUGCCCACCAAAUGUGAGUCCGGCUGUGUCUGUGCUGGGGGACUGUACGAGAACCUGGAUGGGGACUGUGUGCCAGCUGACGACUGCCCCUGUGAGUUUGGGGGCCUUUCUUACCACAGAGGAGCCCAAAUCCAAACCGAAUGCAAGACAUGCACCUGCAUGCGAGGAAAAUGGCAAUGUCUGAAGAAAGACAAGUGCUUCUCCACCUGUGCCCUCUAUGGGGAGGGUCACCUGACCACCUUCGAUGGGCAGCGUUUUGUGUUUGACGGCAGCUGCGAAUAUGUCCUGACCACGGAUGGUUGUAGUGCCAACAAUUCUCAUCCCACCUUCAAGAUUGUGACAGAGAAUGUCAUCUGUGGGAAGUCAGGAAUCACCUGCUCUCGGGCCAUCAAACUCUUUCUUGGGGACCUGUCCCUCGUGCUGUCGGAUGCCACGUACACCAUCAGGGGGAAGAACCCCCAGGUACACGUGCAGGUGAAAAAGAACGCUCUGCACCUGCUGCUCGACGUCGCCAUCCCCGGCAAGUUCGACCUGACUCUGCUCUGGAACAAACGCAUGAGCGUCUUCAUCAAGGUGUUCCGGAAUUCUCAGGAUGCCCUGUGUGGCUUGUGCGGGAAUUAUAAUGGCAACAUGAAGGACGACUUUGAGGCUCGCAGCAAGUACGUGGCCUCCAGCGAGCUGGAGUUUGUGAACUCCUGGAAGGAGAAUCCCCUGUGCGGCGACAUCAGCUUCGUGGUGGACCCUUGCCUCCAGAAUCCCUAUCGGAAGGCGUGGGCCGAGAAGAAGUGUGCCAUCAUCAACAGCGACAAGUUCUCUGCCUGUCACAGCAAGGUAUACCGGCUGCCUUACUAUGACGCCUGUGUGCGUGAUACCUGUGGCUGUGACUCAGGAGGGGACUGCGAGUGCAUGUGUGACGCCGUGGCAGCCUACGCCAAGGCGUGCUUGGACGUGGGUGUCUGUGUCGACUGGAGGGCUCCAGACUUCUGCCCUCCCUAUUGUGACUUCUUCAAUACCCACAAACUCAUUGAUGGAGAUGGCAGCUACCAGUACACGGGGGAAGUCAAUUGUACCUGGCACUACCAGCCCUGCCUCUGUCCAUUUCAGCUCCAGAGUAACAAAUACAUCAACGUUGAAGGCUGCUAUAACUGCACGGUGGACCAGUACUUUGACCAUGAGGAAGGGCGUUGUGUGCCCUGUUCUCAGCCCUUGGCCCUGGUCCAGCUCUCCAGGCAGGGCUCCUGGCACCCCAGGGGUGGGGGGGAGCUCAGCCUCACCAAUGAAAGGGGUGCAGGGGCAGGGCCAGCUCCUGGGGAGGGGAGGGAAUCCUUGCUACCCACAAAGCAGACUGGCCUGGAUUUGUGGGCACAGGGCUCUCCAAAGAGGCUGUCAAGCAGGUCCCCAGGCUCAAGCCGCAUAUGGCCCUGUCCCUUGAGCUGCAGGCAGGGCCUUCAUCAGGACCCUCUGGGUCUUCUGGAAAGGCUGACAACAGACAGAGGCUUGGCCCAUGAGGACAUUGGCCCAGGUAGCCCCCAGAGCCCCUCGCCAUCAGUAGCAGAGGCAGGCAGACAGAGCGAGGCUCCAAAUAUGGGUGGCUUUUCAAGCACCCCCAAAUCAAUCAGCUGUUCCACCCUGCUUCCCUGCCCAGACUUUUCCCAAGGGCUCAGGAAGCUUUCCAGGAUGCCCCCCCCCGGCCCUGCUUCCCUGCUCAGACAUCCCAGAGCCCUUUGCCAGCACCCCUGCCGGGUGCUGACCCCUCCUCCACCAUUGUGCCCACAUUUCCCCACUUUCCCCCUGACCUGGGCAGAGGCUCUGGAAAGGCUGGGCAAGAGUGGCCCAAAUGUGGUCCCCCCGAAAGGAGGCCCUGGCCAGCCCACCGCAGGGAUCGAAGGGGAGAACUCAGGCUUGGGCCUUCUCUCCUGUGACCCACCAAUCUUCUGCUUAUGUUUCAGCUCAAAUACCUCUCCCGACUCCAUCAACAGCCACAACAGGCCCCGGAGACAAGAAGAGGAUUUCAGUGCCCUGAAGGACCCCAGUGGGGCACAGAGCACCAGGGGAACAGAAACCACCACCGUGUUCACCACCAAGCCUCUGUCAAGCCCCCUCCAGACACUCGGCACAUCAUCAGCGUUGACCAAACCAACUGGGACAGUGAGCUCCUCCUCCAGACCGACCUUGGCUAGCCCAGUCACUUUUCCAACAAGCCAGAGUGGCUCCCAAUCCUCUGGAAAGACCACCUCGGAAGUCCCCACCGGCACACAGCCCGGGCUCACAGGUGCCUUUGAGGCUUGUCAGUUUCACUGCCCAGAGCAGCGGGGGGAAAGAAAGGAGCCAGCAGCCUCCCAGCAGCCCCUCCGUUCCGGGCCCUGGCUCUGGGCUCCUGAGAAGGGUAGACUUCCCCUGAGGACCCCCGCUUCCAGACAGAGCUGCAGUGAGGACCCAGUCAUUGCUCAGGGCCCUGACUUCAGGUCCGCUGCUCUGUGUCUGGCCUUAGUAGAGGGUAGCUAUGUGGGACCGUGGGCAGAGCACCAGACUUGGGAUCUCAAGAAUCCCAGGAAUGUCACAACUCCUUGGGGAACGAUCACCACCACCAUCACAGUGGCAGUCACUUCCUCAGUUCCCCCUGAAACCCCAGCCACUUUCCCACUGGCCUCCACCACGACAAGCUCCCCAGUCACACAAGCCACUUCAGAGAGCCCAGGAUCCCUCCAAACAACAGUCACACAAUCCACGGCUCAAUCCACUGGGAGCACCACAGCAACCUCAGGGCCAUUACUGUGGCCCACGCUGACCACAGCCACAUUGGCAGAGACCUCCAGAGGGCCAGUGUCUCCGCCACCCUCCGACAGUUAUGAAGGAGGGGAGCUGCUGAGUGCAGAGCCCUAUGUUCAGCGCUUGGGGAAGCAAACCCAAAACAACCACGAAAGGCCACUCUACCAAGACAGCAGCCGCAUCGCCAGGGACCAGCACCCCUACCCAGACAGAGUCACCAACACCCAAACCAGCAUCAGAGCUGACAACCCAUGCAACGCGAACCUCAUCAGCUGCAACUACCAUCAUGCGCUCUGCCACGACACUGAACGAAGCCACUGCCACAGGACACAAUACAGCUUCACCAACACGGACACCCUCCAAGUCUCCCUAUACAAUGACAACUUUAUUGCACACAAGCCCGGAUCACAGCACAACUCAGGUCUCAUCUACCACUCCAACCACUUCUUCAGUCACAACACCCAAACAAACAACCACUGCACCCAUUUCAAACGUGGUCAUGACCACUGCCACCUCCUCUACUAUAACCGUUUCCCAACCUGGCACCCUCCAUUCAAUGUCCACUGUUCAUCCCACUAUCACAUCUCCUCUCACCUUCAGCACUUCUGA